GUUCUUACAGCUUCAUUUUGUCCGAUCUACGUAUUGACUGCUCGCGUGCAGAACGUACGUUGUAACGAAACACAGUCCCCUUCGCAAGCUGAACUUAGCGCUCUGCGGUGUAACAAGUGUUUUCAAGGUCAUGUGACGGAGAUAUAGGUUCCUACUGUGUCGCGCGGUGGUCGCAGCACGACUAAGUGUGGCGCGUGCGCUAGCACGCCUGCCUCGGACCUAGACCACCAGCACUGCCUUCAAUAACGACACCGCCGCCAGCAGCAAUCACCUUUCUCAGGCCAGCACCAGCACCAGAACCAGCACCACCAGUACCGCCAGCACCAUCAGCGCGCCGCCAUGAGUGGGCGUUGGCGGCGGCGUGAAGAUUCGCCACUGCACGAGUUGGAUCCGGACCUCCACAUCCUUGUGGACGACCGGCCCGGACCUCUGCCCGCCCAUCAUGCCGUACUCAUGCUCUUCAGCCGCUGCGUGCGCGAUCUGCCGCGCGCAGCGGCGGCGCCUGCCCUUGCCCCCUUCUCAUCAACGGGCACCUACAGCUUCGGCGGCGGGCACGCUGCAGCAGGCAGCGCAUGUGGAGCCGGCGGCGGCGGCGGGGGUGGCGUGGGGCUGAGCGCCGGCGGCGCGCUGGGGAGCGCUGGAUCAGCGCCGCUUGAGGCAGCAGCUUUGGGGUCCGUUAGCAUCACGGUGUGGGACCUGCGGAACCUAGUGCUGGAGGGCGAAUCGCGGCCCGUGUCGGGUGACGUGGUGCAGCGGUGGUUGGAUCUGGUGUACAGCCACGUGGAUCAUGGGCGGCGGCUGGAGGUGUUGACUGAUAUGGAGCACGCCCGGUCGCUUCUGCUGUUCGCGGAUGCCAUCGGCAGUAGCAGCCUCUCGCUGGAGACGCUGUGCCGGCGGCUGCUGGAGACGCCGGGGCUGCACGUGCGCGUGCCGCUGGAGCAAAACACACACGUGCCCUGGCUUGAGCUGGUGCUGAUGGGGCGGAUGUACUAUGUGCUGCAGCCCCGGUCGUUGGAGUUCGUUGACGUGCCGUACACGGCAUGCGUCAUCAUCGACCCCGGCAUCAGCGAGGCCUGCCGCGCCUCGCUGCCGGGAGCGGUGGCGGCGGCGCUGGAGGGCUGGCUCUACCUGGCGGGGCGGCUUCGGCUUGUGCCGUUGGCGCGCACGCUGAUAGACUUCGUGAAGCUGCAGCUGGUGCCGGCGGGCCUCAGCAUCCUGGGGCCGGCGGUGGCGCAGGUGUACAGCCCGCGUGUGCUGCAAUGCCUGCCGCCCGAGCUGCUGGUGGAGGGCUUUUUGCGCGAUGCGGUAGGCGACCUGCCCUCGCGCGUGCAACUGCAAGCCAAUGGACCGGUGACGCUGGGCUGCGCAAGCGCCGCGGCGGCGGCAUGGUACGAGUGCGCACCGGGGCACGGAGUGGAGCUGGCGGCGGUCGAGGCGCUUGAGGGGCGCUCCAUGCUGCACUCGGAGGAGUUUGCGGAUCUGCCGGUCAAUGCCAGCAUGGGCGGCCUGUCGGCGGAGCAGCGCGAGGCGGCGGUGACACAGGCGAUGGAGCGGCUGCUGGCAGAGACGUAGCUGCCGUGCCAUGUGGCAACAGGAGCCGCUGCGGUUGCAAUGCAGCACCGUAGGCGUGGCGUAGCAAGGUACACGAGGGGCUUGGCGAGACAUAAAGCAAAACUUAGCUGCGGUUGAAAUAAAAUGUGCAGGAGUAACGCAGGUUUCAACUGACGCUUGUGUGGGGUGUGAACAUGGUUCAGCGUGCGAGCACUGUCAAGCCGGGCUUUGCGUUCGUGUCGGCAAAGCGAGGUUUGGUAGUGCUGGUCGAGAGUCGUGAUGUUGGAGUGAUUUAUUGUCGUCAGAUCGUCCCUGAAUGCGGCCGCACCCGAAGCCGCGGCGCCAGCCGCCGCGGCGGACGAAGGCCAUGUGAUCCUUGCUGUCACCGGCCUGGCUAUCCUGCAGCCACGCGAACCGGUUGCCGUUGGUGGCCGACAUCUGCUCCGAGAACUAUUGCUGGCGGCCUGGAAGGCGCAGAUGAUGUCAGGAAUUGGAGGGCCAGGACAGUAGCGGCUCCUGUCCCAGCGCUGGCCCGACGCCGCUCGACGCCCCAGAAGCUUCCCGCGAACAAGCCCGCGAAGAACACACAGCACUGCCAAUGUCCUCUAAACCAGCCACCGGCAGCCAAGGCGGCGGCCGAGGAGAAGGCGGCGGCCAAGGCGGCAGCCAAGACGGCGGCGGCCGAGGAGAAGGCGGCGGCCGAGGAGGCGUUCAGGCAGCGGCAGGCGGCGUCCCUGGAGGCGUUCAGGCAGCAGCAGGCGGCGGCCGAGGAGAAGGCCGAGGAGAAGGCGGCGGCCGAGGAGAAGGCGGUCAAGCGGCAGAGGCGUUGAUCUUCCGUUGAUCUUCUCUACGGGCUCCUGUCCCAGCGGCGGAGCGUAGGAGGAAACUCCGACCAGGAGGGGGUGCGGGGCAGGUUUGGGCCUGUCAAGACCCGUUGCAGGAGGUGGCAAGGGUUCCAUACGAGCCCAGAAGUUGGGCGGUGGUCUGGUGGAACCUCCUUCACAUGGGCACGUCCAUGCGGGGGCUGGCUCGAGAUAUGGAGCACAGCAAAGGACUCGAGCUGGAGCUGAGGCAAUGGGCGAGUGACCUAAAGGCUGUAGGCCGAUGAGCGGACACCAGAGUUGCCGUUGAUGUUAGUGGUGAGCGUCGGCGCCGUACACAACAAACAAGGUAGCGCCGCAAUUCUUCCCGAUGUUUUUUGCUCUGUACGGCUGUUGAGCACGCAUCAUGAUCAACAAUAUGAUGCGAGUGAGCUGGUGAGAGACAUCGUGCUAAAGACGAAGUGAUUUACACGGUGCCCAGGACGCGCCGCGAGGUGUUGAGACAUCUACCCGAUGUAACCAACAAUCCUA